AGAUAUAAGAUAGAGUUCAUCUCAGAAACAUCACUAAGACUUGGAGGUGAUUUAGAAGACACCCUGAAGAAAAGUUAACAAUGAUCUAGAGCUUUUCAAUAACAGUAUUGCCUCUGAACAACCUUGAAGAAAUAACUUUAACUAUCAUUAAUACCCACCACAAGUUGAAAAAGAAGUUGCAAAGAAGACAAAAGUUACCAAUCCACAUUGAGAUGGGACAAUCUAAAUGCGAAGAAAAUCCUCAUUCAACAUUUGGAGGAAGUUGUUGACAAGAUUUAUAGUAGAGAAGGUACAGAAAAAGUAAAUAGACAAAUUUGUCUUAGUUUCAUUGGUCUUGGCUUUCGCAUCCAUAGUUUGGCUAAAGAAGCUAAGAAUAUCGAGAAAGAAGUUAGAAAACACAAAUGGGAGCAUAAAUUUUUAAUCUUGUGUAAACUUUCAAGUUAAAAUUAUGUGCCAUUGUAUAAAAUAUGAGUACUACCCACAUAGUCACCUAAUAAAUAAAAGGGUGCUUCACUUGAUACUACCUCUAUUGUGAUAAUCUCAAAAAGAAAAUCUCUCUUACAAAAAAUCAAAGAGUUAUGAAAUAAUUAUGCUAACAUUUUAUUUUCCAAUAAAAAACUAACAUUUUUUUGAUGUAAGAUUUUUUUACUCCCUUAUGUAUUAUGUAUUGCAGUAUAUAAAUAAAAGAGAUUUUUACACCUCAUGUCAAAAUUGACACCUUUUUUACAUUUUUAUCCUUACACGGUUUUUUAAACAUUUUUAACUUUUACAUUUUUCAAUUUUACUUUUCAAAAAGUUUAAUAAUUACAAUUUUACCUUUUCCCUUCUUCCUUACACACGUACACGCACGCCACCUCAUAAAUCCUUUCUUUUUUUUUUUCUUUUGAAUUUUUCAUUUACCUGAUUCUUCCACUCUUCAAACCGAGCUUCCCACGAUCACCAUUAUCAAGCCCUAACCAAUUUCUUCUUCCCACGAUCACCUUCUCCAAGCCCUCACCCACGUUUUCCUCAACCUACAUUGUCAUCCUCCUCUAUUUUUUCUCUAUAUAAAUGGCAACCACUAGAAGUGGUUCGAAAUCACCAUCUCCGGCGAAGAAAGUUUCUAAAAAAUCGAAGAAGGCUCCAACUGUUACUUCCAAAGUCGAACCUAAGAUGGGGUUAAAAAAAAUUGCUAAAAAUUUAGUGGCUGAUGUUCCAGAGACAUCGGGCACUAAGAAAAGAGCCCCUCCUGUUAAAGUAGAUGCUCCUAAGACUAAGAGAGCAAAAAUUUCCAAGUCUGCACGCGAUGUUUCCUCAGAUUCUGAUUUUGAGGAUGAAGUGCAUGGUGAGGACCAAAAGCCCAAAGUUGAAUCAAAGGUCCAUGCUAGGACCUCAGUGAAGGUUGAAGGAUUUGACCUACCAAAGAAAAAUCCCCCUAAGGAAUGGGAUUAUAUUUAUGACCAGAAGAAUCUAUUCAUUGCUAAAGCCUUUUCCACUGCUACUUUCCAGGUGAUAGAGAACAUUAAAUCUUGUCUUUCAGAUGUACAGCUUGAAAUGUUUUCAAAAACCUGUUUUGGUCAUUUCCUUUACCUUCCCGAUUUUAAAGUUCAACCCCAAGUGUUUCAUGGGUUGUUGCUCCGUGAGGUUCAGCAACCUAAUGAUGCUGAGUUGUGGGUAAUGAUACGCGGUGUUAGGCUUAGGUUUAGCAUUGAGGAAUUUGCAUUAAUUACUGGGUUAGACUGUGAAGGUGACUGUAGUGUGUUAGAUUUUAAGCAAGAGGUUAAUAGUCUUUGUGAAAGAUAUUGGCCAACUUCGUCCUCUAUCACUAAGGAAUCUGUUAGGGAAUGUUUUACCACCAAGAGGUGGGGUGAUUCUGAUGAGGAUGCUGUGAAGUUGCGCUUUGUAUUUCGUGGAGUGGUUCUUGCUUAGUGGCACUAAGCAUAAAAAUGUACCCAAGUCUAUUUUAGAUGUUGUAGAUAGUGGGAGGUACAAUGAAUUUGCUUGGGGCCGGAGUUCUUUUGAAUUGACUAUUUCCUCAUUGAAGGGUAAGCUUGAUAGUUGGGUUGAGGGGGUUAGGAAGGCAAGGAGUUCGAGAAAGAGGGCGAGUGUUUUUUACACUUUGAUUGGUUGUCCUCAUGUUCUUCAAGUUUGGUUCUACGAGUGUUGUAAGUACAUGAAAGGUAAGUACUGCCAAAAGGAAAGCUCUCGUAUUCCAAGGAUCACUCAGUGGACAUGCAAUAGUCAACCCACUUUCAAAGUUUUGAAGACUACUAUCUUUGAUGUUUCCAAAGAUAAGGUAUAUCUGUUUGUUGUAAUUUGGUUUUUCAGUAGUUGUUUUUGUGUUGUUUUUCAUUAUUAUUAAUAUUCAUAAUUGAAAUUUUAAUUUUUGUGUUUUUUGAUCAGCUGCAACUUUCAAAUAUGAGGCCCACGGCUGGUGAGUUCAAAGCUUUGAAACUGAGCAGUUUCAAGUUCGACACCGACUACAACUCUUACAAGAGUCUUCAUCUUCCCGAAGAGCCAACUGUUGCUCAGAGUGACAUUUCUGUCAAGCUUGAUGCCUUUUCUGAGAAAUUUCAUGGGUUGGAGGUCAAGAUCGAUUCGUUGCAUACUUCCCAACAGAAGAUUUCAUCUGAUUUGGUUGAGUUGAAAGAGUUUGUGUCUGCACAGUUUGUUUCUUUUGGUGCUCAGAUGGCUUCAAUGCAGACACAGUUUUCUACUGUUUUUGCCGAUUCCUAUGCCAAGG